UCUUCUAUUUAUAGUAUACACCAAGGCACUAACCUUCAUUUUCCUUUUUCCUUAAACCAACAUAUCCUUAUAUAUACACAAAAAAAAAAAAAAAAGUCUUUUUGAGUGUCACACAAUAAUAAAGUAAGUAGUAGUGUAAGUAUAACCAAAAAUGGGAGAUGAUAAAAGAGAUGAUGGUGAAUAUUUUUUAGAAGAAAAUGAUGAUGAUGAUGAUGAAGAAGCUCAACAACAAGACGAAGACUAUGAUGAUAAUAAUGAAGAUGAUAACAUACAAGAUUUUGAAGAUAAUGAUAAUCAAAGUUGUAACUCUUCUCAUUUUUCAUCUCACCAAUGGCCUCAAAGUUACAAGGAGGCAAUUGAUUCAUAUUCAAUCACAGCGACACCAAAUUUUGGACUCCUUGGACAUCCGUCUGCUUCUAUAUAUUCAUCAUUGCAUGAUAUUGGUAUUGAGAGCAACUUUGAUGCUGAUGCCAAGGCUCGGUUGCUGUCCGAAUGUGAAAAGCUUUAUAGCAAAGAGGAUUUGCAGAGGAUCUCGAGGAAGAUAUCAACAUGGUCAGGGAAGGGUUCAUUGCACGAGCAACUUGGAGAGCUUCCCAUUAGCUACGGAUGCAGCGUUACCCAAACUGUAUUCAAUGCGGUGAAUGUAAUGGUUGGAGUUGGGCUUCUUUCUAUACCAUUUACAAUUGCACAAGCUGGAUGGGUGGGACUAGGAUUGUUACUCGUGUUUGGCAUCAUAUGUUGCUACACUGCUUCACUCAUGAAAUAUUGCUUUGAGAGCAAAGAGGGCAUUCUAAGUUAUCCUGAUAUUGGAGAAGCUGCAUUUGGGAAAUAUGGACGUGUCAUCGUCUCUGUUAUCUUGUAUACUGAACUUUAUUCGUAUUGUGUGGAAUUCAUUAUACUGGAAGGAGACAAUCUUACUAGUCUAUUCCCUGGAGCAUCGUUCAAUUUAGCGGGUAUCAGUUUGGACUCUGCACACUUGUUUGCAGUUCUCACCGCUGUCAUUCUUGUACCUAUUGUCUUGUUGAAGAACGUCCGAGUAAUCUCAUAUCUUUCAGCCACUGGUGUAUUGGCAACAGUUGCUAUCAUCUUUUGUGUGUUUUAUCUCGGGACAGUAAACGUGGGUUUUAAUGAAAGUGGUCCAGCAGUUAAAUGGAGUGGUGUUCCAUUUGCAUUGGGCAUAUAUGUUUUCUGCUAUUCUGGGCAUUCGGUGUUUCCUAAUAUAUACCAGUCAAUGGCAGACAAAACCAAGUUUAGCAAGGCGAUGAUAAUAGGAUUUACCUUGUGUGUAGUAAUCUAUGGGGCUGUAGCUGUUAUGGGGUUUCUCAUGUUUGGUGAAAGCACGUUGUCCCAAAUAACAUUAAACUUACCAGAUAAUGCAGUUGUUUCAAAAAUUGCUUUGUGGGUGGUGGUCAUUAACCCAUUUACCAAAUAUGCCUUGCUAAUGAACCCAUUGGCUAGUGCCAUAGAAGAGCUGUUACCCGCAAGAGUCUCACGUAAUGCUGGGUCUUACGUUCUUCUCAGAACAGCAUUAGUUGUGUCUACCGUAUGUGUUGCAAUUCUUAUUCCUUUCUUUGGUGCUGUGAUGGCGCUGAUGGGAUCAGUUCUAUGUGUAAUGGUGGCAAUGGUCAUGCCCUCUCUAUGCUUUUUGAGAAUUCAAGGGAGUAAAGCAACAACUACACAGAUUGGUUUGAGCAUUUCCAUUAUUGUGGUUGGCAUCAUCUGCGCUCUUGUGGGGACUUACUCGUCCUUGUCUAGUAUUGUUACAAGUUAUUGAGAUCAAGCCUACCAGGCUACAAAGAUGUUAUGCAUCAAGAAUUAGAGAGGAGAUUGUUCGAAUAGAUUAUAUGGGUAGUUAUUGAGGGACAAAUGCUUAACAUUGAUAGUCUUCUGCUAAUCAACAUUGAACCUGGUUUUGGGGGUUACUUGAGAGGGGUUCCUUUUUUUUACUCGUAUAUCAUUUGAAGAGUCUGUUUUUUGUUUGCUUCCUCCUUUCUUCCUUGGAGGAUGACUUUUUAUAUUGCAUGCUUUUUGAUGCUUGUGAA